AUGCGGAAAAUGAAUAAAAAUACGAAAAUAAUGGCUACAUCAACCGACAGCCAUAAACCAGUCCUCGAUACGACUACUACUAAAGAAAAAGUUUCGGUUGCUAAUAAGGCUUUUGAACCAAAACAUAUUAAUGGAUUCGAAAAGAAAUCGUUUGAUAGUAAAAAGGAAACUCUUCAAGCUGUAAAGCUUAAUACUGUGAAAGGUGUUAAAAAAGAAAAGUCGAGUGUUUCGAGUGAAGAAAAAUUUGCUGAAUUUAAUGGAAGUAAUUUGGGAGGAUUAAUGGAAGAGAAGGAAAUGACUAAGAAAAAUGAGGAGGAAAAGUUGAAGAAGCACCCUCAUAAUUUGAAGAAGCAACAAGAAGGAAAGGGAGGAAAGUCGGGAGAGAAGAGCGGGGAGAAGGGAGUGGAAUAUUACAAAAAUUAUAUAACCAAAAAAGUAGCAAAAUUGACCAAAGAAAUUUUUGUUUAUGAAACUACCACCACUAAAACCGAAAAAAAUGAGGAAAACGUUCUGCUCGCAACAGAUUUGUUGAUGAACAUUCCUCAGACGAAGAGAGAGAAUUACAAAACUAAAGCAGCGGAAUUAGCUUUUGCUUUAAAUGUUUGUGAAAAGUUUAUUGAACAGAGAGGAUUUGUUGAAGUUUCUGAAGUUAUACUAAGAAAGCAUGCCAAUCCACAUCCAGAUUUUGGCACUUUUGUUAGAGAGCUUAAAUUAAUCCCGAAUCUUUGGGCACUUCUUGGAGUUAAAAAUGGAUAUGUAAGUUGA